CUUGGAUUUCCUCACUCUGCUCGCUUUGGUGAACAGCAACCAUGCUCAGUCAUCAAGUGAUCGCGGCGGCGGCCAAUGUGACUGCCAGUAGCGCGGUGGCUGAUGCAGGGGCAGUCUAUGUGCUGCACGGAAUCCUCGGGUGCGCUCGCAAUUGGAGUGCGUUCUCAAAGCGGAUUGCGUCGCUGGGCCGUGGCUGGGACAAGCUGCCAUUCGUGCUGGUCGACCAGCGAUGUCACGAUGCAUCGCGAGAUUUCGCGCAGACUUCAGGCCGACCCAACACAAUCGACUCGUGCGCGCAAGACUUGGCCGAGUUGGCAGUGAAAAGCGGGAGGGCACCUGCAGUCAUCAUUGGACACUCUAUGGGCGGGAAGGUUGCGAUGCGCUUCCAACAACUCUUCCCCGACUUGUGCAAGCAAUUCUGGAUUUUGGAUGCCAUGCCAGGACUGGGCGCUCCAAUUGCCAAGGACACGACGCCAGAACCUGAUUCAUCACAACGACUGUUUGCGUUUGUCGAGCACCACCCUGGGCCAUUCCCUUCACGCAAGGCCGUGCACAGUCUCGCGCAAGAGUUUGGAUUUUCGCAUUCGACAGCAGCGUGGCUAACAUCUCGGACGGUUCGCCAGAAGCACAAUGUUGUCGGCUCCAACGACCACGUAGUUGGCUGGGGCUUUGAUGUGCACGGCGUUCAGGAGCUCCGACACAGUUACAUGGAGCUGGAUGUUUGGAACGUGCUGGACGCGCCACUGCCGCCUGCUUCCGGCUCACCCGCCACCGUUGAUUUCGUCUAUGGUGCUCAAAGCAAGCGCUGGAAUGACGUGCUUCUUUCGCGCUUGCUUUCAACAGACAGCAUGCAGCGACAGGACGGGCACGAGUCUGUUGCCGACACGCAUAACACUGUGCGUGUCCACCGGCUCGAUCGAGCCGGGCAUUGGCUGCAUGCAGACAACCCCGACGGUCUAUUGCAAAUCUUCCAACGGUUUCCUCCACGGCUAUCCUCCGACCAUGCCUAGUUUGUCAGUGUUGUAGCCAAUAAACUCUCUCGGGAAA